GAUACCGAGACAUUGUUAUAUAAGGCAGACGUAUUUAAAAGUCGAAAUAGAGAGGCUAAGAAUUCUCGUUGUUCUAAGAUUGUCCAAUUGACUACGCCGUAGGGACCUGUUUCUAAACUGGAGAGUGAUUGGCUGGAUAUUUGCUGGGUGCAGAGUGUCUUCACUGAGAGCUGCUUUCCGCUUCGCCGAUUGGAAAAUGGCCUCUCACAGAUUGGUACUGGUAUUGGGAGACCUUCACAUUCCUCACCGUUGUAAUACAUUGCCAGCCAAGUUCAAGAAGCUAUUGGUACCUGGUAAGAUCCAGCAUAUCUUGUGUACAGGCAAUCUUUGCACUAAAGAAAGUUAUGAUUACCUCAAAACUCUGGCUGGAGAUGUUCACAUUGUCAGAGGAGACUUCGAUGAGAAUCUGAAUUACCCAGAGCAGAAAGUGGUAACAGUGGGGCAAUUCAAGAUUGGUUUGAUCCAUGGUCACCAAGUAAUUCCUUGGGGUGAUAUGGCCAGCCUUGCUCUGCUGCAACGACAACUGGAUGUAGAUAUCCUAAUUUCUGGUCACACACAUAAGUUUGAAGCCUUUGAGCAGGAGAGCAAGUUCUAUAUCAACCCAGGCUCAGCCACAGGUGCAUGUAAUGCACUGGAAGGUAAUAUCAUACCUUCAUUCGUAUUGAUGGACAUUCAAGCAUCCACCGUAGUCACUUAUGUUUAUCAGCUGAUUUCUGAUGAUGUAAAAGUAGAACGAAUUGAAUACAAAAAAUCCUAAAUUUGGUUUUGCUGCUUUUUUUUUUUUUACAGUGUCAUUCCUUUUCCUUUUCUGUCAUUUUUUUUCUCUUUUGAACCUUGAUCACAUUAACAAAUCUUUACAUGUAUUAUAUUGUGAAUUGUAAGUUUUAGUUCAACCUAGUACCAGUUGUUAACUAUUCCAGCAAUAUGAAAGGAACCUUAUUGCACGCACUGAUGUAUGGUUAGUUUUAGAUCCUUGCUGAAACGGGUGCUAUAUUCUUGAAUUACGGAGGGUUUUCAGUCCUGUAAAUAUUUCCUUUCAGUGCUUACAGUAAUGGAUCAGUGCUUACAGUAAUGGAGUAGUGUAUCAUGUAAUAUGCAUGAAAUCUUCAAAGGUUUUUGUUUCUGCCUUUGUUUGAAGCAUCACUGUUUCAUGUAAAAUGUUUAACUUACUUUCCAUAAACUCUAAUAAAUGUUAUUUCAAGUGCUUAA